CAGGGGCGGACUGACCAUUUGGAAACUAGGGCACUGCCCGAGGGCCCGGGGUCAGUAGGGGGCCCCAUGAGAUGCCCCAGGUACCUUUUUCAUAGGCUUUUUUGAGUUUGGGCAAGGACACAGGGGCCCCAUGAUCCUCUAUUGCCCGGGGGCCCCAUGAGUUGUCAGUGCACUCCUGCCUUGCCCCUCAGUGCUGCCUAUCAAUACCCAUCAGUGCAGUCUAUCAGUGCCCAUCAGUGCAGCCUAAUCAACGCACAU